AUGUACGCUUCACUCGAAGGACGAAAGCGCCAGCGCACACCAUGGCCAACCUUGAUCAUGAUAGUCCUGAUGAUGGUCUGUAAGACGGCGGUGGCGGUGAUCAUAGUUGUAUCCGACGGCCAGGCAGUUGAUUCAUGGCGCGUCAGUCCGGCGGUGAUACUGGCAUUACUCUCGUCAAUUUGGAGCGGUAUGCUUGCCUUUGUUCUGACGAUGAGCACUACAAUCACCUGGUGGCGGAGUGCCUGUGAAGGCGCGACGCUAGAAACCCUGCACUGCAUCUGGAAGCGCGGGCUUUCCCUAUGGCAUCUAUCUGCUCUUCGAUCGAGCGCUGUGGUGCGCAGAGUCGUUCUGGUUGCGUGGAUAGUCAUCAUUUCGCAAAUGGCACACAACUCUCUGCUGCAACGGGCGACCCAAACCACGCUUAGCCAGGCGUCCUUUUUUGACAAUAUGACUUUGGAUGUGCAGACGCAGAUUCCCGACGGCUGGAUGGGCGCUGUUUAUGAUCCAUCGAGUAUGGUUGGCUCGCGUGGUUCGCUUUCUGCCAUUCAAGACUGGUGGAUGAAUAAGACGAUCUCAACCAUCCCACAGACAGCUGCAGGGAAUCGCUCUGGCUCUCACUGCGACGGUACAUGCCGCGGAAGUGUAAAGGGCAUGGGGAUUAGCUAUGAGUGUACUUCUACCAGUAGGAGUCUGGACCUGACGGCAGGGCACAACGGGGGCACGUACAUAUUUUCAAUCAACACCACGCUCUCGUAUAACUCGGCAACGAACACGCCGUUUGUGGACUUGCUAGUCCUCUACUCUUCAGCAGUUGACGGGGAGUGCACGGCAACGCUGAAUUUGCGAAAUUGCAGUAUCGAAGCCGCCAUCGUGGAGUACCCGAUAGUGAUCGAAAACAGCACUGUUGCACUGGACAGGACUCGGCUCGACCCUCCAGUUGUGGUCGAAAAAUAUGUAUCCAAGGGAGACAUGCCAACAGCUACAGUCGGUCAAGGUGCUGGUCCUCUUCAAGGAAUCCAUGGGUUUGUCUACGACACUUUAACGACCAACGUCUCGCUGGUCAAUACUGACAACCGCGUCCGACAUACGGGACGGUUCAUCGGUGACAUUUUCUUCCAAACAGACGAAUCGGCCUAUGACCAGGCAAUUCUCCAUAAAUGUGGUCUCCAAUGGUCUGAUCCGACGCUGUAUGUUCUCGACGCGAUGCAGGAUUUUCUCUUCCGUGCAGCCAUCACCAGCGCACGCAACAGCACCGACGACGAUGACGGGGUCCAUCAGACGUUCAGCGUCAACCGGACAGCCGAUAUACUCACCUACCAAUCCAACUACGGCUUCUUAGCGGCAGCUCUGGCUCUCAUGUCUCUUGCCUUGGGCUGCGUGAUAUUGCAGCUUUGGGGAUGGUGGCGGCUCCGACAUUGUGUGGUAAGCUUGAGCCCAGUCGAAGUAGCAAACUCGUUUGGCGCGCUGGCGACGUCAACGCAGCUUGAUAAUCACAAUUCAUCUCCUCGUUUCACCAGAGACAAUAAGGAUGUUUCCACGGUUGAUGAUAUUCUACAUGCGGUUGGAAAGUCAACAGUGAGGUAUGACGGAGUGGCAUUUCGUGGAAGAUCUGUGUAUUCGUUGCAGGGGAGGCCAAUAUCUUUAGGAGUGCUUAGCCCAGAGCGCCGUGAUGUUAAAUAUGUUGAACAACACCGGUCUGGAUUUUCUGGUCACAUCUGGCCAUCCAUGGGAGACCCCCGAGUCCGCAACAUGGACCACUUCACGGCGACCACCCAUUCGGCCAUCUCACCCAUUCUCGACCCGUCCGCAAACCGCUUCCAGCGACCCUUUAGCGUCUGCAUCAUCGGAGCCUCGGGCGCCAUUGGCCAUGGAGUCGCCAAAUCGUACGCACGUGCCGGGUGCAGUGAUAUAAUACUCGCCGCAAGAGAUAUCGAGACAUUGAAGACCAAUGCCCAGUCGCUUGCCGUGGCCGUCUCCCCAGCCCCGAGAAUGCAUAUCCAGCACUGCGACAUCGCCAAUGCCGACUCGGUGCGUACGCUGACCGAGUAUAUAUCCUCCAAUCUGCCUGUUCUCGACGCCGUUGUCCUGGUCAGCGGCAUAUCUGGCGCUAUCGAGCUGCGCAUCACCGACGGAUCUCCAGCAGACGGCGCCUGGGCCCAGGUAUUUGGUACUAACGCGCUGGGCACGUAUCACGUCGCGCACUACUUUGUGCCGUUGCUGUUGAAAUCGCAGACCAAAAGCUUCAUGGUCGUUGGCUCUGUAGCCGCAUGUAUCACAAAGGGAAUCAUUGCGAAUACCAAAUACUGCGUUAGCAAGUUGACCCAGGCGCGCCUCGUGGAGUGUGUGGCAGAACAGUUUAAAGAGGAGGGCUUGUUUGCUGUGAGCGUCCACCCAGGAGCGGUCAAGAGCCAAAAUGCAAUUGACAAUGCACCGGAGCAGUUUAUGAAAUACUUGACAGACGACCCGGAGCUUUGUGGAGCAUUCUGUGUCUGGCUGACACAGGCCCCGGCCAGGUUCCAGUGGCUGAGUGGGAGGCUGGUCUGCGCGACGUGGGAUCCGGAUGAGCUGCUAGCGAAGAAAGAUGAUAUUGUUAAAGGCGAUCUUUUGAAGUUUGAGGCGAGGACCACCCUGGACCAGUAG